AUGCAGAAUUCAAAUGCUGAAGAUGAUGACAACCAAUGCAACAAGUCCAAGCGGCAAAGAUGUCGCACUAACUUCAAUUCAUGGCAACUGGAAGAACUGGAAAAGGUCUUCCUAUGCAGUCAUUAUCCAGAUGUAGGAUUGCAGGAAACACUUGCCUUUAGAUUGGGUUUAAAACAGAGUCGAAUAGCGGUAUGGUUUCAAAAUCGCAGAGCAAAGUGGCGCAAACAGGAAAACACCAAGAAAGGACCAGGACGGCCGGCGCACAACUCCCAUCCGCCCACUUGUUCUGGAGAACCUAUACCCUGGGAGGAAUUACAAACCAAAAGAAAAGCUCGACUCCGCAAAAAGAUUGAGAAAGUCAUUCAAAGACAAGCUAGGAAAUUGCGCAUGAAAGGCAUUGAGGUAAAUAUGGAUAAACUUAGAGCUGAAUAUCUUGCCCAGCAUCAACUAGGCGAUGAGCUAUCCGAUACCGAUGAAGCCUUAAUACAAGUCAUUAAUGAGAAUGAUGAGUAUGAUUUGCAAAUUGACAUUGUGAGGAAUGAAGAUAGAAGUAUUACCAUGGAAACGGAUUAUUACAAUUCUCAAAGCUCUAUGACUAACACAACCAAAGAGACCGCAAGUGUGGAAGACAAUCAUGAGGCAAAUGCAUUACAAUCCAAUAGCAAUGAGACAGAUGAUGACUUUGAUAUUGAGCUGAAGUUUAUGCCAUCUUAUCAUGAUGACCAUUUCAAGUGGAAUGAUUUGGCAUCCACCAGUGAUAUUAAGCCAAAUGAGAAUAAUCUUAAUGGAAACCUUAUUGUAAAGGAGGAGAAAAAAGAAGAUUAUAAGCGUAGCAUACCUUUUAGCAUAGAUUAUUUAUUGAAUUACAAAACAUGAGAGAGACUUACUAUGACUUAUAUGUGAAAAAUUGCAAUCAAUAACGAAGAAGAAAAUAAGAAUCAUAAUA